AUGUCUGAUGGUCCAGAGCUUGAAGAAGCUGUCGAAGAUCUCGAUGACUAUGGAUGGAAUCAGCAAGGCCUUGUUCAGCGUUCUACGUACGCUCGUCUCGCAGCAAGCAAUGCUCUCAUUACAGAGGAAAUUCUCGAGAUAUCUCUGGGUAGUCUUCCCCAGCACGAGAUACUUCAGCGCGCUGAGGACAUCGAGUUGCGGACGAACAGGUUCUGGGAACAGUUACCCGAGUUUCUCCGUAUCGAUGUCACAAAUCCAUGGAGCUCACAACGGUCGCCUCUUGAGCUCUUGUUCUUAGCGUUCAACCGUCUCAAUCAUUUGGACCACCUCUUCAUGCUACAACGUACAAUAAGCAAGAAAGUAAACAACGCCGCUAAUGACCCAAGCGCCAAACUUCUGUCUGUGUCCAGCGAGAUCUUCAACUUCGUUGUAUCCAUGGUCGACAACAAAGAUAACUUCCGGGACUUCCAGAUCGACUUUGCCCAGAUACUCGUGAAAUAUGGUAUACCAACUGCUGCAGCUCUAGCCGUCGAGCUUCUUCACCAAGAGCGACAUCCAGCGUCCGCCUCCGCCAUUGCUUACCCGCUCCACCGGUCAGACACUAUCCAGAGUCUCUCGGUCUUUGUGGCAUGUUUGGGGACCAUCAAACCAGAUGCCAGCGGAUACCAAAGCUGUGUUCGAGGUCGUACCUUUAUCAAGAAAAUACUGGACAUGAUACUCGGCUCUGGACCCGCAACGCCAAAUAGCCCGCAGGUCACCGAGAGCACAAACGAUCCGAUGUUAAGUGCUCCGCUACUGCAACCUGGUAGUGAUGGUGACUUUGUGCGAUGGCUUGAUGACAUGGACUGGGAUCAGGACAGCUGGAUCAAUUUUAAUUGA